AUGGCAGCACCUCCGACACCAUCGCAAGCGGAAGGUUUGAGCGCCACGGACGAGAAGAGGCACCGGUUCUAUGCAUGCGAGUUGAUCCAAGAGGCGGGAAUUCUCCUUCAGUUGCCUCAGGUCGUCUUGGCCACGGCCCAAUCGCUCCUGCAUCGGUUCUACGCACGGCAAAGCUUGUUCGACUUUGAUGCGUUCCGGGCAGCGAUGGGGUGUAUCUUCUUGGCAAGCAAGGCGGAGGAGCAGCCGCGCCGGGUCAAAGACGUCGUUCAGGUGUUCUUCCGCAUGCGGAAUCGUCGCAUGGGCCUCGGGCUUUCGCUCCUGAUGCCGUCGGACCCGCGGUUUGCCACAUGGACCGACUGGCUCGUCAUGGUCGAGCGACAAGUGCUCAUCGAAGUCGGGUUCUCCAUUGACGGCACCACCGAGCACCCACACAAGUUCCUGCUGUACUACAUCAAACUACUCGAGUGCUCCGACGCGUGUGCCCAACAGGCGUGGAACUACGUGAACGACAGCUUCCGCCUCGAUCUCUGCUUGCGGUAUGACGCCCAUGUGAUUGCAUGCGCCGCCAUCAGUCUAGCUGCUCGUGUGCUGCAGCAUGUACUCCCGCUUGGAUGGGAAGAACUGCUCGAAGUAGACGUACCCGACGUGAUCAGCGUGGCCCGUGAGAUGCUGGCGCUGUACGAGCACCCUCGCGUGCGAUGGUUGGAACCAUUGACGGAAGUCAAUCCUUUCGAAGUCACAAGACACGACAAAGUAGAGGCUCCCACGAACCUUCCUCCAGUGGAACAUCCAGCAGUGCCGCCGCAGCCACCGCCGCCGGCCGUGAUCGCAAGGACACCGCUCGUCAACCGGAUGCAAGCCCCGAGCUACGACGAUCCCAUCAUCGUACCCGUCGAAGCGCUAGCAGAGACAGAGAUCGCUGUCGCAGCGAUCGACGCAGUAGGAGCAGAACACGACGAGACAUCCGCCGGGACGACGACGACAGACGCUACCGUCGCCGGAGUCGAAGCCAAGAGCAGCGAUACCACUCACGUCGUCGAAGUUAGGCGGAAUUAA